CUCGAGGCGGUGUCCCACCUGCCGCCCUUUUUCGAUUGCCUCGGCUCUCCAGUGUUUACUCCCAUCAAGGCGGACAUAAGUGGCAACAUCACAAAAAUCAAAGCUGUGUAUGAUACCAACCCAGCCAAGUUCCGGACCCUGCAGAACAUCCUGGAGGUGGAAAAGGAAAUGUACGGAGCAGAGUGGCCCAAAGUAGGGGCCACACUGGCACUGAUGUGGCUGAAGAGAGGCCUCCGCUUCAUCCAGGUCUUCCUGCAGAGCAUCUGUGACGGCGAGCGGGACGAGAACCACCCCAACCUCAUCCGCGUCAACGCCACCAAGGCCUACGAGAUGGCCCUCAAGAAGUACCACGGCUGGAUCGUGCAGAAGAUCUUCCAGGCAGCCCUGUACGCAGCCCCGUAUAAGUCCGACUUCCUGAAAGCGCUCUCCAAGGGCCAGAACGUGACGGAGGAGGAGUGCCUGGAGAAGGUCCGCCUCUUCCUGGUCAACUACACGGCCACCAUCGACGUCAUCUACGAGAUGUACACCAAGAUGAACGCUGAGCUCAACUACAAGGUGUAGGCGUGCCCGGCGGCGACCACCCCGGCCCCACGGCCACGCGCAGAAGCAGGCACACCUGAAUCACUGUGAAUCCAGCUGGCCGCCCCAGCCGGCAGCGGCGCCCCCAAGAGCGGCCCCGAAUAGGACCACGGUCUUCAAGGGGCCAGCCCUGGUUUUUAAAGUCAUUUUUUGGGGUCUAACCUGGAGCAAUAAAUAGCGAUCUUACUUCCGAAUCUCCUUUGAAUUUCACAACAGCACAGGCUGACUUUGUACCUUCAUUUCAGUCUGGCAAAAAUCGAUUAAUGUUUCUAAUAAAUCAAGUCCUAGGGUUUUUUGGCUUUUUGUCCCCCCAACGCAGGGCAUGACUCUGGGGGGACUGGUGUCAGACACCUCACUUUAAAAAUAGUCACGUGUCCUUCUGAGGAUCUGACUGAACGAUGUAUGGGGUAUUUUAAGGACCAUGAGGCGUUUGAUUUGAAAUUAUGCAGGGACCCUAUUGCAGGAUUUUUUUUUUAAAGCAAACUGGUGUGUGUUCUCAUGUGGUUUGCACAGCCAGACCUCACAGCACUGUCAUUAGAGAGCCUGCUCUUUCUUCCUGUCUUUUGCCAGACAGUGUUUUUAUAGCUGAAACCAACCAGCAAGCCUUUGAUGACAAAGGAGGGGAGGUUAUUUUAAAGCUGUCAGGCACAAAUAAUUGAUCACAGACGACUGCAUAACUGUUUUCUUCAGGGACAGCUUUUCCAACCUAAGAAACUACCUACCACGUGCGAGGGGGAGUGGAUGAACCCAAGACCAUGCCUUGUUGCCUUAACUGUCCUUCCUGGCGCUAAAAAGAGCUGUAUUUUUAAAGUGUUGGGGCGAUCAAUGCAAACCUCUCCCCAAAGAAUCAAUGUGUGUGAAAAACCCAAUGAGGAACAAUUGGUGAUUUUUAUGCAGAAACUAAAUAAUCCUCAAUAAAUAAAUCUCUAUUUUGGAAUCACA